AUGACAUCCACUUCCGAUGAUCCCGUUGUGAUGUCGGUUGUCGAUCGCUCCAUUGUUCCUAUCCUGUCCACAGCACACGAAACUCCAUCUCGACGCCAUGGCAUUUCAGCCGAGGUAGAACGAACGCAUCGUCUCUAUGGGACGUCUCUGCUCUAUGCCGCCACCAAGCUGCAAAAACUGAAUGCUUCGACGUACGCCACGGCCUGUACCAUUUUUCAUCGGUUCUAUCAUCGCGUAUCCUUGACGAAAUACAACGUUUGGAGUGUAGCCAUGGCCAGUCUGCUGCUCGCCACAAAGGUUCAAGAUGGACCCCAACAACGGACCAUUCGCAGCAUUGUCCUCUUUUUCGAUCAUUUGUAUCGAAAACGAAGACACCUUAUCAUUAGCACCAAGGACAGUUCCUCGGUUCCGUCCAUGUCCAAGCUAGGACCUGUCUGGAAGGAGUACUACGAGAAUGUGGUGGAAAUGGAAAAUCAAGUUCUAAGAGAGUUGGGUUUUACACUCUAUUGGAUUCCAGACGCUCAUCCACACAAAUUCUUGUGGGAGUUCGUGAGGAUACUGUUGGGUUUGGAGCCUGUGCCCAUUGCGGACAAUUCGACGAGCUCUGGAGAUGACAAUCAAGCAGAUGCGAACAAGGAUGGUGAAACUGUCAAUGAAACAGCCGACGAAAAGAACAAUGACAACAAUAAAUCGGGGAAAGAUGAGAAGGGCGAAGAAACCAACGGCAACAAGAGAGAGAUCAGGCAUUUUGCUCUGGCUCAGAGGGCAUGGAGCUACUGCAAUGAUUCCUGUCGGCUGGACCUUUGUGUUAGAUUUGAUUCAGAAGUCAUUACGUGUGCAGCAAUCUACUUGGCAUGUAGAGACAUGAAGAUCGAACUACCAAUGAAACCAGCUCCCUGGUGGCAACUCUUUCUGGGAAAGGACGACAAAUGUGGAGAAAACGUUGCAACUGCAGCCAAUGCAAUACUGGGUCUCAUUCAUUACCAAAAACAGAAUGCAACAAUCAUGAGGGACUUUCUCCCGUCGCUGGUCCCAGGAGGAAGUACUUUCAAUGAUCCUGAAAGGUUCUUGUGGGAAGUGCGAACCCCUCAAGCCUAA